GCAGGUAGAGUACGGAUCGCCGUUGACUCGCGCUCACUUGAAGCAGUGUCUCCUGUCUCUGCCCGAUGAUCCGCAAUGGAACUCCCUCAUAUGCGUGUGCGUGCUAUUGGGCGUCAUCAUCGUUACUCUGGAUAUGGAGCGGCACAGCAUCGUGGACCUGUUCGACACUUGUUACAACAUAUUCUACGCUGCCCACGUGCUGGCGCUGGCGUACAACUUUGUGUCUGAUCCCACGACGAGGCUAGAUGUGUGCACUGCAUUGGGGUACCUCAUCGAUAUAUUCACGUUCAGCCAUCACUUCGUGGACGACCCCAAGACCUACGUGUACAAGCUGAUCUGUUACUAUUUGCGAUUCCACAGACCUUACAAGUAUUUGUGGACAUUAGACAACUAUCAUCUGAAGGGGAGCGUGGUCGGCACAGCUCUGAAGUACUUUUACCUAUUCCUGGUGCUGCGAGUCACUUGGGUUGUUAUUUGGCUUCACGUCGAGGAGUUGGAAACCGAUCACGUCCACUCCUACAAGCCCGAGCCCCACCGCCCUGACGUCACGGAUGAGGAGAACCAGAUCACCAGCAGAUUCCUCAUCGCACUUUACAUCGUCAACAAGAUGUUUAUACCUAUUGGACCUUCGACGUCACCAGUGAAUGACUACGAGCGCAUGGCGUUCCUCCUGGUGAUGGUGACCGGCUGCCUGGUGGUGACAGGCGCGGCGGUGGCGUCCUUGUCGCUGGUCAUCAGCGUCUACAUGAGCCCCGAGGAGACCUUCCGCACCAGAUACAGGCUCAUCAUGAAGGAAAUGGAAUCAUCCAAUGUGCCACCAACCUUACGCGAUAAAGUCGAGACCUUUUACAAGAUGUACUGGCACAAGCAGAGAGCUGUAUCCGCCACUCGGCUGAUGCCAAUCUUCCCACCUUCACUAUCGAACACUAUCUACACGGACAUCUAUUUUAAGGCUACGCAGAGGUGCCGGAUUCUUCGUGACCUUUCCUACGAGUUUUUAGCAGAACUGGCUAAGAAUAUGGAGACAAUUCAUUAUAUCCCUGGAGAUGCAAUUAUAAAGAGGAAUGAUAUUAAGUCUUCCAUUAUAUACAUUACUUAUGGUGAUAUUGAGAUGUUGACAGCAGAGGACGACAGCACAGCAAUGCUUCGUAUGAUCCGAGGUACCAUCCUAUCUCAAUACGCGGGUUGUCCCGUGGCGGGCUGCGGGCAAGCUCACGUGGAAAUCCGAGCAGCAACCUACUGCACCGCCCACGUGUUACGGUAUCUCGACUUGUGGAAGACGGUUAUUAAGUACGGUAGAGAAAAUGGACAAGGAGCGAUUGUUUUGGCUACUUUUUAUGAGCAUUUUGAAAAAGUGAAGAGACAUUACUCCUAUCGAUUGCCUGAAGAAGCCAAAUAUAAGAGUAGUAUACUUCAUUUUAAACGGAAUUUAAUGUACAUCAAAGAGUCGAAGGACGCUGCUGGGAAUCAACAACUGGCCGAAACUGAUGUCAUGAUUGAUAUAGCUGGAAGUUAUAUAAUGCGAAACAGAGCAGAUUCAUCAUUAACCGACGAAGCAGAUGCCAUCUGCCUGCGACCUACGUUCCCCUGCAUCUUGCAACCUAACUCCUCACUGCAAGUUGUCUGGAACACCUUUGUCUCCUGCCUCAUCAUCACUGUUUGCAUAACGCAUCCUUACUUUAUGGUGUACAAAAGAAAUGUUUCACUGGGAUUCAGAUUUUACGAUUACAUCGUGACUGUCAUUUAUAUUGUUGAUCUGUUUGUGUAUCUGUCCACUGGAGCUAAUGUUGAAGAUGGUGUGCCCAUAACGCUGGCGCAGACGUCGUCCCAGCAGGUGCGCAGCAAGUGGUUCGUGCUCGAUGUGUUGGGCACGUUGCCUAUCUUUGAGUUCGUCGGCGAUCGACACUUCGCUGGCAUCAAUAAACUUUUAAGAUUACCAAAGGUAUUUCGAGUGCUCAAGGUAGUUGAAGAUGAGUGCGUCUACUACAGUAAUAUUUUGCGAUUCUUCUCAUAUUCUCUGCUCCUGUUGAUGUCUUGUUAUCUGUUGGCUGCUUUGCAACAAGGCUUUAUGUGCUUUAAGUUUGGUCACUGUCUUGUAACGAAUUUCACUCACCCGCCGUACUGGACUAAUCAAAGCUUGGAUGACGAGACAGUGGAUAUGAGACUGGCGUUUGGACUGUAUUGGGCUAUUUCUAUAAUCUCUUUUACGUCUCACAUAGAGACGUGGGGUUCCCUGAACUUGAACCAUGUGGUGUACACGAUUUUUGUUCUGGAGAUAUGUACAGUAUUAUACAUAUUCAUAGAGGCCGUGUACUCUGCCACUAUCAUGGUGACCACUGCUCUGAGAGAGGAUUACGACUCAUGUAUCGAGAACGUAUCAAAGUUUCUGGUCACCCACGACGUGGAUCCGAUAUUGAGAGAGCGUUUUUUGGGAUAUCUGCAACUGUGCUGGUUUACUGACAAGGGAUAUUCAAUGACUAACAAACGGCGGUCGAUAUUCUACGAUCUUCCACCACACGUGUACCAGGACAUCGUAGCGAGGGAGAGAAGCAAGUUCAUUCUUGGCGUGGCUUUUAUGAAGUUACUUCACAAGGAGGACUUGAAGAAUAUAUCAUCAAAGGCGAUACUUUUCUGCACGUCACCCAACGAGAUUCUGCUGAACACGGGGGACAUGUGUAACGAGAUCUACAUUAUCAAAAAAGGAAUAUGUGAGAUAUUAAGCCCUGACACUAAAGGUGUGGUCGCAGUGCUAAAUGCAAGAAGCAAUUUUGGAGUUCUCGAAUGUCUAUUGCGUAUUCCAACGUUCUACACGGUGCGCGCGGUCACGCAUGUAGAGAUAUUCACUAUAUCCAGGAAACAUUUAGUGAACGCCAUCGAUAUCCCGCAAAUCAAAGAGGCCAUUGACUUCUGUAAAGAGCAACCGCAAUACUCUCGUCUCCAAAAACGUCGGGAGCCGUUCACCUCGUACCAGCCGCCGGAGCCGACACCCAACAUGGCAAAGUUCCGCUACCCGAGGAAGUAUGAGCAAGACAACGCCUUCUUGCAGCCCUUCCAUAGACUUGGCAUAUUCUCUGUACUGAGAUACAUCUUCCCCCGGUUCACCAUUCGUCCGGACGGCCGCUACCUGGUCCGCAUGGAGUGGCUUCGGGCAAGCUGCGCCUUUCUGUCCGCUAUGCUGUACCCCGGCUACAGUCAUUUGGUGCUGCAGUGGCCUGCUCUGCAGCUCUUGGCAUGGCUCCUUGACCUCACUGCCUACUGCGAUAUAUUACAGAGGAUGCUAGUAGGCUACUACAACGAGCGCAGGAUCCUGGUGUACCACCCCGCCAGCACGGCGGCGCACUACAUCAGGGGCGCUUUCUUGGCGGACCUGUUCGGCUGUCUGCCGUUGGAGAGACUGGAAUCUUCUUGGAAGGAGACUUUUCAAAGCAGAUACAGAGAAGCUCCGAUGAAGCAGUUUCUGAUGCUCAACCGCCUCACACAGCUGUACCGGGUGCCGAGCGCUCUCCUCGGCCUGGACGGACUCGUUCGACGGGACCUGUUGCUGGUUAUACGCGCAUUUCCGUUAUUCCUGGCCGUGUUGAACGUUCUCACAUGUUUCGUGGUGCACGCCUCCGUCGAUAUAUUCUUUACGGUUGAUGGCGGGAGUAACUCGUGGUACAUCGUGCCUAAAGACGACAAAGGUGGUUCUUGGAUCACGCUUUUCCACGAAGCUUAUCGUUUCAAUAUGACGGAAUCGCCGUGGAACCUGCACUUGGGCUCGCUGUUCUGGGUGGUGUAUGAGACCACCACCACCGGCUACAAUACUUUCAAGCCCACCAACAUCAAUAUAAUGCGUGUGCUCAUCACUGGAAUGAUUAUUGGUAUAUUAAUCACUACAUAUUUUUCCGUAAGGAUCAUUAGUGUCCGAUCCAACGUCAACAAAGCGCUCGCCUCGUACCAAGAUCACAUGAAAGAUAUAUCCGUGUUCAUGAAGAAAGAAAAACUUAAUCCACAAUUACAAAAGCAAGUCAAUGCGUACUACGAAUAUAACUGGGACAAAACGGGUGGCAUAGACUACAGGAAUAUUCUAAAACUAUGCUCCCAGAUCACGUUGCGAACUGAUGCUAUUCUACACAUCUAUGGAUCUACUUUUACUAAGUGUCCAAUCUUGGAGCAGUGCGACACUUCGCUCUUACGUAUAAUCGGGCGAGCGGUCCGCAGUUUCUAUUUCCUAAAGGACACGACGAUCAUAGAAGAGGACGACGUUAUAUCUGACAUAUAUUUCGUUGAUCGCGGUCGUGUUGAAGUUAAAGAGAGUGAUGAUGAAAGCGUUACACUUAUGACGGGGAGUAUGUUUGGAAAUUUGGACGAAGCUUCGACCAUCCGAUACCCCAAGUCGAUCAGGAGCACCAGCCAAGUGCAUUUGCUGCAAAUAAACUCGCGGGUGUUUCUCAGUAUCAUUAGCGAGUUUCCUGCUGUUAUGAAACUCUUGAAGUCUUAUCGGCCAUUUAAUGAGGAAUACAUAGAAAGCGGAUCCUUAACACAGUUAAAUAUCAUGGAUCGUUCAACCGCAUCGUCGAUAAUAUUGCACAGUAAAAAAGUUAUUCCUUCCUUCAAUAUCAAACACUCCAUAAUCGAAAACUGCCUGGGCAUAGUUAGCGUAUUGUCUAUCGAUUCGGAAAUUUAUAACACCGGCUUUCAAAUCAAUAAUUUUACUUAUAUCAUAUAUUUGUACGUUUUGGAUUUCUGUUUCCUCUGGAAGUUCUUUUUUCAAUAUUUUGUGCUGCCACAUAACACAGACAUCAACGAAGAUAAUGUGAAAUAUUCCAAAAAGUUACGGGAAAAGUAAGACAUUAUAUUGUUUAUUAUCUCACCAAUGGGGAUGAUGACUAGGUUUGAAUAUAUGAGACAUUCGGGUAAGGUUUAAUUCAUUAAUUAAAUUAACUAAUUAAUAGGUAUGUAAAAAACAAAGAUUAACUGGACGUUUGCAAAAUAAAUAGGAUUAUUAAAUUUCCUAAUCUACUAAAAAUCUUUUAUCGUAAUUUAAUAAAAGUUCUUCUUCUCUUUCUUUACAUUAACCGUGACAUUUUUCAAUAUUGAAAAAUUGCUUUACUCCUAAUUUAUAUACAAUUUAAGAAACUGCCAUCAUCCCUAUCCCUAUUAUGAAUUCAUUCCUAAAUCCUGGAAGAUUGCAAAUGUACAACCCGUACCAAAGAAAGGAAGUCGUGCCGACCCAUCAAACUAUAGGCCUAUCUCAAUCACCUCAAUCUUGUGUAAGAGCAUGGAAAGAAUAAUAAAUACCAGGCUCUUAGCAUACCUUGAGUGUCAUGAUCUUCUCUCAGACAGCCAGUAUGGUUUUCGCCAUAAUAGGUCUGCUGGUGAUUUGCUCGUGUAUGCAACUCAUGUUUGGGGUGAGGCAAUUGAUGAGCACGGAGAGGCACUUGCUGUCUCUCUCGACAUAUCUAAGGCAUUUGACAGGGUCUGGCACGAUAGCCUCAUUAGUAAGCUUCCAGCGUAUGGACUUCCACCGAGCUUGUGUGACUGGAUAUCCGACUUUUUGAGUGAACGAUCCUUCCGAGUGGUUACUGAUGGCUGCUCAUCGGAUCUAAUGGCUAUUAACGCUGGAGUUCCUCAAGGGUCGGUACUUUCCGCUACUCUUUUUUUACUGCAUAUUAAUGACCUGCUGAAACCUGGAACCCUUGGUUAUGCAGAUGACAGUACAGUAACGGAAAGAUAUUUAUCCGGACCGCGCGCCGGUGGAACUGAAACUAACGAACUCAGGGAGGCGAUGGUUUCUCGAUUGAACUCUACCCUAAAGGAAGUCUCCGAAUGGGGCGACGCUAAUUUAGUUCAGUUCAAUGCAACCAAAACGCAGGCAUGUCUACUGACGGCAAAACGGACUCCUUUUCCAUUUACACCUACAUUCAGAAAUGUAUCCUUGCCUAUCACUGACCACAUCGAUCUCCUGGGUGUCGAUAUUUCGGCUAACAUCAACUUUGGGCGGUCCAUAGAAUCUAAAGCCAAAACCGCGGCCAAAAAACUUGGAAUACUCCGUAAGGUUAAGCAGUACUUCUCCUCACAGCAAUUACUUACUCUAUACCAGGCCCAAGUCCGGUCUUGCAUGGAGUACUGCAGCCAUCUUUUUGACGGCUCAGCCAAAUACCAAUUGGCUGCUUUGGAUGCUGUGGAUCGCCGAGCCAGGAGACUCAUUGGCACAGAUUCACCGCUUUUGACCAAACUCCAGACCCUUGAGCAUCGGCGGAAAGUUGCCAGUCUAUCGGUGUUUUAUAGGAUAUAUUUUGGAGAAUGUGCUAAGGAGCUAUUCGAUGUCAUACCACCUUCGCCUUUUUACCAUCGCACCGCAAGACAUCGGGUGGGUUUUCAUCCCUAUAUUGUAGAUGUCCCUAGGACCCGUACAAAACGCUUUGCGUCUUCUUUUCUCAUACGCACAGCUAAGGUUUGGAAUACCCUUCCCAAGUCUGUGUUUCCUGAAUAUUAUAACUUGGGUAUCUUCAAAACAAGAGUGAAUAGGCACCUUCUAGGCAAGCGUGUCCCAUCUUAGACUGUAUCUACACUUACCAUCAGGUUAGAUCAUGGUCAAACGCGAGCCUAUUUGCAUUAAAAAAAAAAAAAAAAAAAUUCAUUAUUAAAAUCCCAUAUAUAAUUAUACAAGGUGUCCCGUAAAUAAUACGUCAUUCUCUACACCUAGCUGACAUCUAAGCCUACUAAAAUAACGCAAUAUAAUAUGUUAGCCAAAAUUUUACAGUUUUUAUGUUAAAUUGAUUUUUCUACAAAAUACAAGAACCACUACCCUCAGUGCAAUAUAGUCGUACUAUGUGGAUACGAUUUUUACAUAAUCAACCCCUUUAGGAACGAAAAUAGCAGUUAUAUAUAGUUUCAUGUUCUUCCCGGAAUCCCAACUGAUGGAGUGGAAUUGCUUCCGGUAGAUGGCUGCACAUUCUGUUCAGCAAAAUUUUCUCCAGGAGUUUACCUAGUACCUGUAGAAGGCUUAUUGGUCUGUAUGAGCCGGCAUCAUGGUAGUCUUUAUCUGAAUUUGGUAUCAUUAAAAGCUGUGAAAUUUUCCACUGUGAUGCUAAUAUUCCUAGUCUCGGGCUGGUAUUAUAGAUAGAUCAAAUAAGUAUUAUGCCUUGCCUUGCUUGCUUGAGCAGUUGUGCGUCAAUUGAAUCAUAUCCCGAUGAUUUCCCCUCUUCUAGUUUUAGAAUGUCAGUCUGAACUUCUUUGGGGCUAAUGUUUUUUAGAGGUAGACACAUUUGUAAUGGUGCGUUCAGGUAUUAACUUGGUUAUAAUGCGUUAUUUUAGUAGACCUUAAUGUCAGCUAUAGUCUAUAAAGUAUAUCGCACUACUUACGGUACAUCUUGUACGAGUAUAUUCUCCAAGAUAGAAGCUUUCAUUUGACUUACGUACCCUUUUAUUCUCACGAGUAUUAUAUGAUCUAAAAUAUGAGAACAACUUUCUGAUCUUCAAUUUGAUUCAUACUUCAUAAAUAGGUAAUUGCAAGUACUUACAUAUCUUGGAGACAAUAUAAUCAUUUACUUGUAUUUUGUUGUAUUAAACAUGUAAAGUAAACAUUUGUUUAUUUUAACACCGUCCAUGCUACAGUUACUUCUGCAGCAUGGACGAUGUU